GCGAAUGCAAGACCCACUGGGAAUCCCAGGACAAACGGGAUCUCUACGGCCGAUAGAAAAAGCGAAGCUCAUUCGCGGGCAGUGUAUUAUUUUGGAACGUAUAUUAUGCUGACCCGGUGAUGAUGCUGUCUGGUCGAUCAAAAGCACAGCCGGGCCAAUUAAAAGUUUAAACCUAACCUGAUCGGCCCGGGUUGCGUACUCAACACAUGGAUACUCUGCCAGUUCCUCCAAAUUUCGCCCGGUUGUCGUAGGCAUCAACGCGUUCGUUGGCGGGUGGCUUACGGCUUUGUCGCGGAAACUGUUUACCCGUCAGUCGAAAGUCCGUACAGUUUGCGGUUGGACGCGUGUGUGGUUCUCGGAAGUACAUUCCUAGUGAAUCAUAGCAUUUAUCCGGUGCAACUAAUUAUUUUAAUCAAAAUGAUACACACAGCGGCACAUGUUGUGGUGCUAGUAUUUACCAUCACUGCUGUUGUCGCAGUUUCGUGCGAUACUGAAUUGUCCUACAAUUCCACCUGCAUCAACCCCAACCAGGUAGCUGGCCGGUGCAUCCUGGUACGGGAGUGCCAUACCGUUCUAGCGAUCCUUCGGAAGGAAACCCUAACGAACGAUGAUGUUGCGUUCCUGUACGAGAGCGAAUGUGGAAAGGCGGAGGACAAAAGUUUGGUCUGCUGUCCGGCUGAUUCUAUUAGCGUGGCGGACGCAUCGUUUGGCCCCGUAAACCGAGUGGACCCUGGCGCCGACGAUAGUGACAGCGGGGAGAAAAUGACGCAGUGGAAACUGUUGCCUCGCCCAGGCGAGUGUGGGACACAACCGAGCUACGAACUGUUCGGUGCAAAUGUGACUAAAUUAGAUGAGCAUCCUUGGACGGCGUUGAUACACUUUGGGAUUCAGCCAUACGAAACGGCUUUCGAGUGUGGUGGAAUUCUUAUCAGUUCUCGGUACGUUCUAACGGCCGGUCACUGUGUAGCCGAUAGCACCAAAUGGACCAAUUUAACCGUUCGCCUUGGAGAAUGGGAUACGGAAUCAACCGUCGAUUGUAUCUCAAUCGAAGAUUUCAACGAUUUCUACUGUGCCGAUCCGGCGAUUGAUAUUGCUGUUGAAAAGGUAUUCAUUCAUGAGCAGUACACUCGCCAGCACCGUCCUCAGUUAAACGACAUUGCGGUGCUGCGGUUGGCGGAACCGGUUAACACAACAGCAUGGAUACGACCGGUGUGUCUUCCUCAACAACAGGAACCGGCGAAGAAUGCAGAGCAUGUUUACACUCUUGCCGGCUGGGGCAACAACGGAUGCGGUUACAAUAGUCGGUACAAAAUACGGUCAAGGCUAAAUGCAUUAAAUCAGGAGCAGUGUAAGCAACAUCUACCCAAGGGAUUUCGACGAACCAAUGAUUAUCUCUGCACGGUUCCGGUCAACGAGGGAGAGAAAUGUCAUGCCGAUUCCGGUGGUGCUGUAACCAGUACGAAACGGGUGCCGAAAAUAGGAGUAGUGCAUGAAGUGGAAGGAUUGUUGAACUACAUGAAGGAAUGCAACUCUACCCGUCCGGUGGGAAUAUUCACAAAUGUCGGUCAGUAUCUAGACUGGAUUGUUGGUAAAAUAGAGGAAUAUUGGUCCAGCUGUCGUACUCCCGUCAAAGAACCGGGCUCGUGUGUUCUGGUAGCAGAUUGCAACUUCAUACGACAGGUUCUACAGAAACCUAUUCUAGACAAUAAUGACAUCCGGUACGUCGAAGCGAGUCGCUGCGGGACACAUCAGAAGAAGGCACUGGUUUGCUGUGCCAAACCUACCGGUUCUCCACCGGAUACGACCACACAACCGGCUGUGAUCACCCGCACCAAUGCGGAACCGUUAAACCCAAAUCGAGCAAAUUUGCUGCCAAAAUCCCCCGUUUGUGGGAUUCAGUAUAGCGAUCGGAUCGUAGGAGGUGAACGAACCAAAAUUGACGAAUAUCCGUGGACGGCUCGGAUUCAGCACUACGACAGACGCAGCAAUGAGUACGGCUUCCACUGUGGCGGAUCAUUGAUCAAUGAGCUGUACGUGCUGACUGCGGCUCAUUGCGUGGUGGGCAUUCCCAAGGCUUGGACGGUAUCCGGAGUCCGUCUGGGAGAAUGGGAUACCACCACCGAUCCGGACUGUGAUUCCGUCGAUACGAGCGACUGCUUCGACCCGGUGCAGGACAUCCAGGUGGAGCGCACGAUUCCGCACGAAAAUUUCAUCAGCAGCCGGACGGAAGUUCACAACGACAUUGCCUUGCUGAGGUUGGCGCAAAAGGCCCACUACUCGGACACUGUGGUACCGAUUUGUCUACCGUUGGACGGUAGCUUCGCUAGUCGGUCGUACGAUACGCGUAAAAUGUUCGUUGCCGGUUGGGGUCAAACCGAAGCAGAGCGGGGUAGUCGGUACAAGCUGUUCGUGGCAGUAAACGGAGUGUCGCUGCAACACUGCCGAGAGCAGUAUCCAACGGCAAACAUCGACGACCGGCAGAUCUGUGCCGGAGGGGAGGCCGGUAAGGAUUCUUGCAAAGGUGACUCUGGUGGGCCACUGAUGGAUGUGGUUGAGUACCAGGGACAGGUUGUCUAUUACCUGGCCGGAGUGGUCAGCUUUGGCCGACAGUGUGGUAUGAGGGAUGUUCCUGGUGUGUAUACGAAGGUGCAUCAAUUUGUGAACUGGAUCUCGAACCACAUUGAUCCGUAGAAUGCGAAGCAAUAAUUCAUCCCAUAAUACUCAAUGGAAUGGUUUUUUAUCCGAAGUCCUACUGAUCAAUGCCUUUUUUUAAGAACUGGAAGUGUCUUAGUGGAAACGAUCGGAUGAGAUGGAAAAAGUGAACGUACUUAGUUUUUGGAUGCCUUAAUGAUCAAUGUUGAUAUUAUUAUUUUAGUAUGAGUGGUGUUCUUUAACAAGUAAAUAAAUAACUUUCGAAA